AGAAUCUCGCAAAAACUACAAGUACCGGCUUCGCCUGAGAGCCUCCGCGCAUGCGCAGAGAAGCGGCUUCGUCGAAUGUUUUGUUUCCACGCCAUAUUUGUUAGCCGGCUAGCGCUCGCUGAAGCGGCGUCCGACGCGAUCUCGGCUCAAUCCGAACCCAUCGGCGCUUCCCCGAGGAGCCUGGACGCCACAGCCGCGUUCCUCGCCGCACACACGCCUCCACGCGUCCUCACACAAGGGUGUGGCCGCGAGCGCAACGCAGAGUUUAAAUAAAAACGCAGCGAUCGAGUCGCGUUCCCUCGAGAUCAGACCAGCGGGGCUCUGUCGCUGCUCGAGCGGAUCACUAGCUUUCAGAACAUCCUUUUCCAUCAAACACAACCCUCGACAGAAUGGCGUGCGGAGCCACUCUGAAAAGGACAAUGGAUUUCGACCCUCUGCUGAGCCCGGCGUCCCCGAAGAGGAGGAGGUGUGCGCCCAUGUCCCCGUCCCCGUCCCCGCAGAAGUACCUGCGCAUGGAGCCCUCGCCCUUCGGCCGGCUGUCCUCGGCGCUCACCGCAGGUCCGUGCCGCUCUGGUGCUCGGGGUGUACCGUGUCGAAAUGGAAAGGUUAUCUUCAAAUUAUGUGUUCCAGGCGCGUCCUCUGGAUCAGCGUCCCCCUCCAGACGCGAGCAGCCGCUCUUCACACUGAAGCAGGUGGGCAUGAUCUGUGAGCGUCUGCUGAAGGAGCGCGAGGAGAAGGUGCGCGAGGAGUACGACCAGAUCCUGACCACCAAACUCGCAGAACAAUACGAUGCGUUCGUGAAGUUCACCCACGACCAGCUGAUGAGGCGGUUCGGGGAGCAGCCAGCCAGCUAUGUGUCCUGAGCGCUGUCCUGCGGAUGGUGGAGCUCCUGUGGGUCUCCAGCAGUGCCAGACGCAUCCUUCCCCGCUCCGCACUGAGCUCGUCUCUCUCUCUCUCUCUGCAGCGCCUCGGUGCCUCCUGCAACUAUUACUCCAAUCAGUGGCUCUCGUGUCUCUUACUGAACCCUGGAUAUUUAUUAGGCUUCGACCAUGCCUUUUACACAGCCACCUGUCAUUACUUCCUGGUUUUUUAUGUUUGAUUUAUGUAAAAUGCCUUUUAUUCGCUGCAAAUGCCGUCGAUUGCCAUUAUAAAUGUGAGACGUGUGUGAGGGAGACUGCUGUUCAUAGCUUUGUGUAAAUACUUUCAUCUGGAGUUUUCAUGUACAAAUCAAAUACAGCAUUUAUUUCGAUUGGAGUCUGUUUUCAUGCUUUGUAUUUAUUUUAGUUUUUAUUUCUUUUGCCCCUUUCCUCUGCAUUAUGGUUCUACCGCUCCUGUAGUUUAAGUGACUUAUGUUGGGAAAGUAUACAAAUAAAGCGUUUACAUAA